AUGACUCUUUCAACCUCGACUUCUGGCGCCGGCGUGGGCCCACUCACAUCCGCUUAUCUGUUCGGUGCAACUGUGAACCUUGGAAAAGCGCUUACUCCAAUUCCACUACUGGAAGGUGGAAAGCGGAUUGUCGAGCCCAUCACUGGCGGCACCAUCUACGGCCCGGGCUUCAACGCCACCAUUGACGGAGGAGUCGCUGCUCCGGUGGUUGUCACAAACAAUGGAACCACCACCCAGAUUCCGUACAUUUACGCAUAUGGGCAUGCAGAUGAUGGAUCUCCCUUUUACAUUGAGGAAAUGGGAAUCGGUUCUACAGCCACCCAAAACACCCGUUUGAUUAUUCAAGUCAGCGGCAAGUACGCAGAGCUACAGAAUCUUUACAUUAUUGGACAGCCAUCUGUGAACGAGGAAAGGACGGUCGGACAGGUAGAAUGCUGGAGCGUACCAUUGCCUUAA